UAUAGAAACUUUCAGGGAUCACCACAUACAAAAUUGCUUUGUUUAUGGUUCAUACAGAUACAUAAUAGUAUUACACUUGCAUUGAUAAUGCAGUGUUGUGUGUGUGUGUGUGACAUGUUUGAUGACAUGUUGCCUCCUUCCUGUCUGCAGUCUCAGCAUCAGCUGUUUCAUCCUCAUCAUCAUCCUCAUUUUGUGCCUGUGUCACCGCCAGAACACAAUCCCACAAUGCUCUGCGGUUCACUGCAGCCGCUCAGAGCCUGUGUAGCGCCUGGCCAGCGCAAGCUGUUGCCCCCUAUCAGCCCUGCACCCCCCCAGCAGCAGCGGUCCAGCGCAUCAUUCCCCUCCUUGCCCACGAUCGCCAAGGUCCAAGACCCGGUCCUGAUGCAGCUGUUGGUAGGUGACAGAUUCCCCUCUGCAGCUCCCAAACGAGGUGCCCUGCGAUCCCUAGGCAGGAAGAAGUUGACAGGCCUUGAUCGCGCUCACCCACUGAAGCCACUCCAUCAUGACAGAGCCCCGAGUGGCGUUGCUACUGGCAGCAUGGCACCUGCUCCACCUGAGGAAACAGGAGAAAGCCAGAACAAGCCAAACAAGAUCAGGACCAGGCGCUGUGCCAGAGCUGUCCAGCAUGACCGAAACCAUGACAGCGAUGGUCAAGCUGAAGCCCAGGACGUGGGGUGCAUGCAGGAGCCCCUUAGAGUCACUGAGGAGGUCAGACUCACUGAUCUCCGUUGCAACAGUGUCCUCAAACACGUCUCAGAUGGCAGAGGCAGCUCCACUCCACCUAUUGCCUCCACUGUCCCUGCCCCCCCAGAGACAGCUAAACCCCAGGCAACCUGUCAGAGACAGUUCAUCAGCAGACUGCCCCGCUUCAAGAAAACAACAUCACUCAGUGUGGCCACUGCUGUGACAGAGCAAAAGCCCAUGGAGUCUCUGGCAGGGAAGGAGGAAGUGAGGGAGCAGGUGAAGAAGAAGAGAGUGAUAGUGGAGAAGCAAACAAGCAGCACCCAGCAGACCAGGGAGCUCCCAGAGCUGGCCAAACUGCCCCCUGUGUCCUGCCCUGAGCAGGCCAUCCUGCAGGCCUUCAGGCUGCUCAGAGACGACGACUGGGAGCAGAAGAUCGAGGCCCUGACCUCCAUCAGGUCUCUGUCCCAGCACCACGCUGAGGUUCUGCUGCCCAGGCUGCAUGAUGUGUGUCUGGCUGUCUACCGCGAGGUGAAGAACCUGCGCUCAAUGGUGUCCCGAGUUGCCAUGGUGACGCUGGCCCACCUGCACGCUCACCUGGGGCGAGCUAUGGACACAGAGGCCGAGGGCACAGCCCAGACGCUGCUGCCCUAAAGCUGGAGAGGCCAGCGGCUUCAUCAGGGAGGACAUGGAGCUGGCACUGGGGUACAUGGUGCUCAACGUCACCCCCUCUCGCAGCAUGAACGCCUUCAUCAACACAGGACUCAGGCACCGUAAUGCGGCCGUGAGGAAGACCACUGCUCAGUUCCUGGAGAGACUGGCAGAGGUCAUGGGGGCAUCCCGCGUCCUGUCAGGGAAAAAGGACUUGACUGACCGGUUUAUCCAUUCCAUCAGCUGCCUGGCCAUUGACAGUGCACAGGAAGUCAGAACCCAUGCCCGUAACACCCUGGCAUUCCUGGCUUCACACCCUAACCUUAUCAAGAUGGUGGACAGGUUCGCCCCUCAGAGAGACCAAGUCACUGUCAAGGACCUUAUCAACAAAUGCCAGAAAAGAAAUUUGCAUUAAGUAAACAUGCAAGUCUGAAGAAUGCAACAAUUGAUUUUGGAUUACAAACAAAUCUUCAAAUGUUGCAAAUGAGGUGCAAUCAAAACGUUCUGAGACCAGGCCUAUGAAAAGCAAAAAGCGCCCAGAUUUAAAUGUGGCCAUAAUCUCCAUCUAGCCGCCGAUCCAAAGUAAGAAGGAAUUCUGGCAGCCGCAAAGGAUCGCCUCCACCAGCAGUACCAGCUCCUUCUGCCCCAACUAUUUCACUCUCAAGACAU